AUGGUUUCACAAGAAAGAUCGGGAGGUCCCAUACAGCAUUUAUAUUCGAAGAAGAAAUCCCAAUAUGUUGCGGAGUCUAGCAUGGACGAUGGUGUACUAGAGACACUAUCUGGAAUUUUAGCCAUGUUGGAGGAAGAAGGUGAUCUGAGGGACUACGCGCCACUGAUUCAAUUCUUCCGCAAAGGUUUUUCUGCUCAAGCAGUACAAUCUUGGUCUUAUUAUGCGGAGGUCAACAAUCAUGCAAAGUUUGCGAGCUCUACUGAAAUAUUGACAACGACAUUGAAAUUUCUCGGAGCACAAAAGAACGUGUACGAGUAUGGUAGUACUUUAAUUGACACAAUUAUUACUAAUCAAAUAAACGUGCUGUAUAGAGGCCUCAAUACUAUGCGAGCAUCUACUACUAUUUCCACAAUUGUUCUCAUGAAAGAAAUGAUUCUUUUCAGUUCAGGUAGCCAUGUUGAACAGCUAAUUUCCAAUUUUGACUUUUCUUUGCCUAGCUUGGCUAAGAUCCUGAAUAUUGGUAAAACUGAGAAACCAGUGACUGAGGGUGGCAGCAGAAGUUCAAAGGUGAUCAUGAGGCAAGAGCUGAUAGAUUUCUGGUUGCUACUGACGUCACUGUCCUCUCCUAUCUUAAGAAAGGGUCUACUCACAGAAAAUCCAAAAAUAAUGGGUGCUUGGUUCAGGUUUAUGGAUAAAGCGGAUUCAGUGUCCAUAAUGAAGCAAACUCUUGAUACACUUGUCCAAAAAGUUCUUACGGAACCUGUUUUCAAAAGACUUACUAAAACGAAGAUUUUAAACGAACUUGCGUUGUCAAAGAUUCAUUCUUUCUAUUACUCCUCUGAUAGGGAGCUGGUUAAAAAAGUCAAUGAAUUUUUUUUACUUUACGGUAGUGAUCCAAAAGCCAGUGUGGUUUUCCCUGAUGAUCGUGUUUGGUUUUCAGAGUCGCCUUUAAGUGGUACACGUAAGGGUGCUGUGGUCGCGAUCAAUCAAAAGGAGUUUCAUGUAUAUAACAAGCUCCUGUUCAAUGUUUUGAAGUUCUUCAAGCCAUGGGAAGAUGAUAUGCAGUCCAUAACUGUUUGCAAAAUAUUGAAUCAUGUUCCUGAACUUGUAGCUCCAUAUUGCGCAUUUCUUGCCUCCCAUGGUUCACAUGACCCUAAAAUGACUUCAUACUGGUUUGGUUGUACAAUGACAAUUGGACGAAUCAUUAAUCUCGAAAUACCCGCUUUUAUGAAAGAAGUGCAAACAGACAUUUCACCUUCAACAACAUUAGUAAUGCAAAAUUUAGUGCCUUCGUCCUUGACAAAGAUGGCAUUGACAAAGGCGCUGCAUCACGAAAAGCCAUUGAUCAGGCAAUUGGCAUGCCAGCUUAUUGUCUUUUCCUUUUACAAGCUAGAAAAAGUUUUUGGCCUUUAUGAAAAAAAAGGUUGGGUUGCUGCCAAAGCAUCACUAAGGAAUGCUUUUCAUGCUGUAAUUCCGGAGCCAACUACAAUUGUUCAAAUAAUUAACCAGACUUAUGCCGACAACAAGGAAAAUAAAAUUCUUCAAUUAUCUCUCACAACAAUUUUGCGACUAUACAGUAAGAUAUUCUCGAACUUUUUUUCUGUCAGUUUCCCUACUUCAAACAUUUUUGCUGAUAUCAUUGGUGGUAAAGAAUUUUCAGGCAUGGAUUUGGCAAUUCUGGAUAACUUUUUGCGGUUUCAAGAAUUAAACGGUACUCAGAUGAAAUGGUGGCAAAAAACUCCAGGAGGUCACUCUCUCUUCGUUUCACUACUUACUUUAACAAUCAAAGCUAAUGAUGCCAUAAGCGAUAAAAUAUGUCAGGUAAUAGAGAACAUGUUCCGAGGUACUGUCAUAUUUAAUGAUCUAUCAUGCUCUCCACAAAAGGCAUUAGUUCAUAGUCUGCAGGCAUUUAUUGGCGUGGAUGAUUCGGAUGACAUGAGCAAAAUUUGGAAGUUGCUGGAUGAAGCUGUUGAACGUUGUAUGAGAACACCAUACAAGUAUGUGGAUUCUUCGAGAGAGCAUCGAUUUUUAUCACCAUUUACAAUGGCUCUCUCAGAGCAGUGGAACUAUGUCGAUAAGUCCAGCUCUCUUGACGUAGUCGGAAAAUGGUUCUGCAUAUACCUAAGGACCAUGAUUAUAUGUGGGGAAUCAGAAGAAGGUACCAAGAGUGUAAUUGAAAAACUAUCCACGGUUCCUCGAGAAUAUACAGUCAGCUACCUCGCCUUUGAUAAAUAUGAAGAAAAACUAGAAAGGCUUCGGACAAGUGACUAUAUGCUGGCAAACUUGUCAGCAUCUUCUUUUUUUGAAUAUGUCACACUGAAGCCAUAUUCAGAUCUCAAAAAGCUGUCGAGAUAUCCUACAAACAGAUUCGAUGCUGCUGCACUUCAAUUCAGAUUAACGGUGUUGGUAAAUCAGGUGAGUAUAGAUUUCGACGAUCACUUCAGAAAUGUGAUUGAUGGUUUCCUGAACCGCCUGGCAAAUUACAGCAUGGCUGAUAUCUCCUUCAAGUUUAUGAAUAUAAAUCUCAUUGAUACGCUCUUUGAAAACAUAUCACAUUUGCACACUGGAGAGUCUCACUUUUCUAAGAGCAUUUUUGUCGCUAAUGAAAUGAUACAAAUGAACAGAGAUCUCUUUGAUGACUCCUCAUUCAAAGCAUUCGCUUACAGUUGGUUGUUAAAAAAUGAAAAAGUUUUACGAAAUCAUGAUCAAUCUAUAGUAGUUUUUGUUUCGUCCCUUUGCCGAUGCUUACGUUCUGAUCAUAGUUUGUCCCUCCUAGAGCUCUAUGAUGGAAUAAGCCCCGAUGUUCUAAAGACUCUACUCAGAAAUCUUCUAGAAGUAGGGGAAGAAUGUGUUCCCUUCGCAGCUCUUAUCAAUUGUCUGAAAGAUAAAGCAACAGAUUCUAUUGACUUGGCAUCUCUACUUAUCGAGAAUAAUAGAAUCUCAGGUAUGAAAGCAGUUAAGCUGCUAGAGCUAGUCUUUAGCGAUCGUCAUUUUAUUGCUGUUAUAGAACCAUUUAUUAGAUCCCAAUACUAUGUUUUGGAAGACAUAUUACCUUACCUUACAAACGCCAUGGACAAUAACACUGCAUUGAGAAUUGCCUUGGCUAUCCCUGGAUCAGAUAGCAGCGUGAUCAACAAUUUUCUAAGUACUACCGUCAAGCAUUGUUUGGAUUCCUUCGAGCAGCUGGAUGCGGAUAGUUCACAAAAGGCCUUGAAGUUAUUUCAUUUGAAAUCAGAAUUGCUACUAGACAGCGACAAAGCAGAAAUUUUGGACUAUAUUUUUAAGAGUUACAAGGACAAGUAUAGUGCCACAGUUAUUGACUUUGUAAUCCUUGCUGCAGAUUUUGAGAGGCCUGAGGUAGCUAAUUGGUUGGCUAAAUUGUCGUUGUUUAUAACUCGUGCCUUCACCAGCCAUAUAAAUGUUUCUGAGCUGUUGCUAACUGUAUUAUCAAGAAUGCAAAGUCUACUGAAGAUGGUGGAUAUAUGGGAGAAGGUACCAGGAACUAUUUUAUGCUCGCAACUGGAGGCAAUUUUAAAUGGGAUGCACGUCGGAAACUCCCACGUUUUAGAGUACGUAUGUCACAUUCUGUUGGCUGCGAACGGUGAAGUGCCAGAAUUCCCAAAGCUUCUGCAAUGUUUCAUAACGAAUGAACAAAAUAUACUUAAUGUCAAAGGAGACUCUUAUUCUCAAUUUCUAUCUUCUGCCAUAAUUUUCAUUCUUUUCAGCCAGGAUCCAUCAAAGUGCUGUACCGCUGCUACUCAAAGGAAAUUUCUGGAAUUUUAUUCAGGCACUCCGGCUAGCCAUGACCGCAUUCUCUUUAAAGUUCUCGAGAUAUUGGAAUCAGUCAGCUCUUCAUCUUGGACGAAUGAAGUAUACAUGUGGGAUUUGCUAGAAAAUGAAAAUGAAGAUGGCGUUGAAUUCGUUGACUUGAUAAGUUCAAAGAAAGAGGGCUUAAUAGUAACAUUGAGAUCUGAAGCUAUUGAGAACACAACCAAAAACUACAUACUAGACAAACCCAAGCUUCCACCUCUAGAACCUUCCAACAGUGAAAAGUCCUGGGAAAAUUUACAGCGGUAUUUCAUCAAUAAUGAGCGAGCUCUAUCAGGCCAUAAUACACUUAUUUAUGAUCCCAUGUUUCUUUUACUUGCUAGUAUUCAUAAUGAGGAAUUAUUAAAGAAAUCGGUAGCCGAGGAUGGAUCGGCAAAAUAUGUUUUUAACGUAAAGGGCUUUUUAGAUUGCGGAAUGCUUCAGUUGGCUAUCUGUGCAUUAUCUGACGAGCCUACGGUUCACGAAGUUGCACUAAACAUUAUAAUGGGGCUUUUAAACUCUCUGGAAGAAAAGGAUCAACUGAAAGAUAAUAGUAUUUUCAAAGUUCUUUUGAAAAGGAUAGUUUUUACACUGAACAAUAAAUCUGAUGAAGAAAUCAAUAAGGACCACCAAAUUGCGCCUUGUAUUUGGCUUUCUAUUUCAAAUCUAUGCUAUCAACUACUAAACCCGGCUUCAAAUCUAUUUGAAAAGUCAUAUAGGUGGGUGUUUAGUUCUCCUUUUAUUCGAUACAACGAUAUCCCGUUACUUCAAGAGCUAAUGCUCAUAACAAAUCCUCAAAACACUGAGUUAGAGCAUUAUUAUAGGCAGUUGGGAUGGGUCUUAGAUACUUUAAAUCUGGGAAUCAAGACGAAUGAUGAUGUAGAUUUACUCAAAAGGAAAGGUGUACUAGAAUGGCUGUCCAAUUUGAUGAACAUACCCUACUUGAACGCUAGAUUGUCCUCUUUCAUACACUCUAUUUUUUACUUAGUUCAAAGAAUAGAAAACGGAGGCUCAACUUUGAUUACUAGAACAGCCUCUAUUUCAAAUCUUGAGCUUCACCAUGUCUCUUUAAAAAAUAAACUACAAUCUUUGUUGAAUGAACUGUCUGAGAAUGAACAAGAUAAUAAGCAUAUGAAACGGGCACUUAUUUCAAAAGCGUCACGAUUGAAUGUGGAGGAACUAUUGGAAGGGCAUGCGAUUUUAGUGAACUCUCAGAAAAGAUUGAAGGACUGGGUCGAUAGCGAUUUCUGUAAUAUUCAAAAGAGAUUGAGGCAAUAA